UUCCAUGUUUGGAUACCUUCAGCUGCCUUCAGCAUAAUUAAUAUUUUGUUUGAUGGUAGUACUCGCAGGCAGUUUGGGGGGGUGCAACCUGCUACAACAAGGUUUCACAGGUGCGUGCUUGAUGUUGUUUGUCCCAUAACGUUGAGCUUUCAAUGGACGUGCCAGCAUGCUGUUGGCACCUAUCCCGUGCUUAGAUUGAUGUUCAAUGAUUUUUUCAAGCUGCUGGGCCUGCUUCUGAGUGAACAUGUUGUGGUCCAAAUUCAGUAUUCAAAAAAAGUAGUAAACUAACCUGACACGGACAGACAUCUAAGCGUGAUGCAAGAAGCCAAAGCCACGCCCACCUGAUGCCCAAACAUCCAGACAUCUCGGAGUGGAAGUUGUUUCUUCGUGCAUUUAUACUUCGUCGCAAUGGUUCUCAGUAGUCCGUAUUGGCUGUUUCUUGGGGGCCAGUGGGUAAAGUCCCCUCCGACAAAUCAGGGGAUCCAAUGUCAAGCACUCACAGCCACUUGCAGCAUACAAAACUCCUUAGUUGGGAACUUGCAAGAGUUGAAUCAUUGAACAAAGUGCAAUGGAUUAUUUUCAUGUUGGGAAUGCCGUUUGGGGCCACAGCAGGCAAUGAAGGAUGUACAGUGAAAUCACAAUCUACGGAACAAACAUCAACUUGAGGAAGAUUAUCGAAUCUCCGCCACCCAUGACCUUGCACACUGACAUGGGUCUAAAGGCAGCGGCAGCACCUUUGCCUGGGCCGAAGGUCCGCAAAGCCGGUGGUUCCGCCCUGCUGGAUGGAUGGCGACAUGUUGGUUGGUGUGGGCCUCGUGCUUUGUGGUCGGAGGAAUCGGUGUCUCACUACGUCCCCCAGGUGUGAAGUUGUGGAGCACUACCAUGCUGGUCCGAGAAAAGAGAGGUUCCCUGUGGCGAAAGAACAGCAGUUCCAAGGCACCAGGAGGUGGGAGGUCUCGCGCCUCCUCAUCUUCACCAAGAGGUGCGAAGGCCGCGAUGAUUUUGACUUCCAGAAUCAAGAAGGCUCAGACAGCUGCUGACUUGCUUGGGGUGUUAGAUGAGGCAGUGAACUCGCCUGACUUCAACUACUACCACAUAUCAACAGCAUAUCACACCUUGGCCAAGUUUCAUCGGAAGGGAUUGCUGCAAGGACUUUGCGAAAGCCCGGUGCUGCACAAGCUUCACACUCGGGUUGAGAACCUGAUCAAGUCGAACCAAAUCAACCCACAGGCUUCGGCCAAUGUACUGUGGGCAAUGGCAGUCCUACUUGAGGCAAUUCCCAGUACGACUUUGUUGCUGCCAGUGUUGAUCGAAGUCUUUCCAGAGAAAGCACCCGGCAUGGACGCACAGGAGUUGUCCAAUUGCUUGUGGGCAUCAGCGCAUAUGAAGGAUGUCACAUUUGAUGUGCUGAGCAUUGUGCAAACAAUAGCCGCGCAGAUUCCAGGCAAAGCUGGUGGCAUGGUUCCUCAAGCAUUGUCCAACUGUUUGUGGGCAUCUGCACAUUUGAAGGAUGUCGCUCCUGAUGUGCUGAAGGUCGUUCCAGC